AUGUCCAUGACCUAUGUGGAGCACUUGUCACCGUCAGCGGUGGGCGAGUUAUGCUUGUGCACGCCACAGCGAAAUGAUUACUCAGUAGCAAAGUGGAUGGAACAUCUCGACCGCAUUUUCGGAAAACUGGUUUCCCUUACAGAGCCCAAUCAAUUCGAAAAGCAUGAAGUUGUGAUGCAAGAGCUUUGCGAGGCCGCUCAUGAGUUCAGCACCAGGUUUUCCAAAGAUCUUGACCUUGACCGCACAAUAGCUGAUCGUUCACAAAGAGAUGUGAUGAUGAAUCCGCAACUUUGCGUGGUGUUCGAUAAUUUCGAAGAUGGUGGAACGGUUUUCCAAUCCCUAUGGACGCAUAUGGUGCUCCAUCGCCAGAAACCCUUCGCGAAACGGAAUGAAAUUAGCUUGAAUACACUCGCAAAGGCGAUGAUUACGAUUCGAGAAGCUUUGGAAGCCAUAUCGAGCGACAAGGUUUUGGAAAACGAGACACUCGAUAAAUUGUGGUCCCUCUAUGGAAAGAGACUGUUCAAGUGUCCAAAGAUCAAUUGCUUUCAUUUCCACGAAGGGUUCAUGGAUAAACGAACACGCGAUGAGCAUGUCCUGCGGCAUGACCGGCCAUUCCACUGUCCUGAACCGGACUGCAGUACUGCUGAAUUCGGAUUCGGCUCGGUGAAAGACCUAGAGCAACACAAGGCAAAAUUCCACCUAGACCCGGAAGCGAAGGCCGACAUGUUCAAAGACAUUAAGCGUCCGACAAUGAAUCAUGCUAAAUAUGAUUGCGUGACAUGUGGCAAGAGUUUUGUGAGGUUGUCGAUAUUGAAAGAUCAUAGACUGACUCAUAGUGGGCAAAAGCCUCAUGAGUGUCCACGCUGUGGGAAAGCGUUUACGAGAAAGAAUGAUUGCCAAAGGCAUGAAAAGAUUCAUGACAGGCGCAGCUAA